AGUUCCUGAGGCAAUCUUGACCACCGCAAAGCAGAUGAGGAGCAGAGCCUGAUGCAGUGUGAUGGCCAUCCGCCUAGAAGCCCGAGGAUUCAAGAAGCAGGGGAAAUUGACCCAGACAGACAUCGGGACUAUGGCAGACUUUUCUAAGGAGACCUUUGAGUCCUUUACUGAUGAGGUACAGAGUUCCGGUUCAUUCAAUUCCUCUGGAGGACUGCAGCCCUGGUCCUAUGCCUCUGGGAGUAAAUCCGAGAGUGGAACGCAGACUCCACGCUUGCAAUAUGGAGACAACCAAUCUGAGUUUUCACACUUCAAAAAUAAUGAAAAGAAGUUGAGCAGAAAAUGGAUCAACAGCCUCAAGAGCAAGGAAAUGAACUCUGGCCAGUGCCAACCAGACACUAAACUUGAAACAGAAAUCACUCAGGCAUCCCUUGAAGAAAUGAAUGCCCUGCAGUCUUUCUGCACCGUUAAGAUAAACCUAAUCCAUCAUAGUGCGAACUCUAAGGGGAAAAAGAGCAGCAGACAUAAAAAGCUGCAGCUUGGAUUGGAUGCAGAGGCUCCAGAGGUAGAUGCCUUAAACUGGACUGUCCCCAAUGAGCUUUUGAACAGAAUCUAUUUUAAAAACAUGAGGACAACACCCAAAGAGGUGGUAACAGCUAAGCAACACAUUUCUUCUCGGUGUCCCGACUGUAACAGGAAAAGAGCAGAACUGGCCCAAUCUGCCUUCCUGAAACAGAAGAAGACUUUACUGGAGUCAACUCUACUCCAAGAGAAAAUAGAUGAACAUCUUCAUAUGAAAGACUUUCUUACCCUUAUUGGGGAAACACAUCAGAGCCUUCCCAGGCUUUCCGAUGACCCCAGAAUAAUCUGGGAAAGACUGAAGGAGAAAAGUCAGAUUGGUUAUUCUGGUUUUGAAAGGUCAGAUAUAAAGGAGGAGAUGUAGCAGAUUGGAAACAGUGCUUGUCAUCACCUUUUUGUCCGCCAAUUUUCAAACAUCUUAGUCUUAACUAAACAAGGGAUGGUGUUUGCUAAUGAUAAUGUGUAAUGUGCAUAAAUGUUUUGUUGUGUAUUUGAAUAAUUAUCAUCAUUUCUGUAAUAUGAGCAGAGCAUUUGGCCUGACCGUUAGCACGACCGUUAUCGCGAGACCCUGAGCCAACAGUCAGCUCGCAGUGGUCCUCGCGGCAGAGAGUGCGGUGAGAGGUGAGAGGCGGUCGCAGGGCCUGGGACAGGCUGAGGGCUGGGUCCCGCAGAGCCCUAGAGCCCUCGCCGCAGCCGCCCGCUAGCCGGGCCCAGACCUUGAAGCAGCGAAGCCACAGCGAACCCCUCCCCCAUUCCAACGUCUGCAACCUAAUGGCGGCCGGCGGUCUCCCUGGGUCGCAGUCCGCGGAGGCCUCAGCAACUGGAGUAUAUGGACACUGCCGUUGAGGUAACAGCUUCAGCCCGCUUCAGUCUCUCCAUUCGAGUUUCAAAAGUUGGUGCAGCUUAGAUCAGUCGUCUCCCCCAGGAGGUGGCCAGAGGCCAGGGUUAAGUUGCACGGACAUUACACGUCAUUAGUUCAGGUCCACCUCUGUGGGGUUGGACUCUUCUCAAAGAAGGGCAAUUGCUGUAAGCUGGGGAUUCACCUGAUGGCCAUUUGCUACAACACGUAUUCCUGUCGAUCGUAUACAAAUGAUUCUCUCCAGGUUAAAUGAAAAGCCUGAGGGCCGGCUGGGUCCUGGCCGCCUGGCUCCCUCAUUGAUGAUGGCUGGGCAGGGUCUGGGAACCUGGCCCUGAGGGCGCUGCCAGCUGAGAUCUGUCCCCUCACCCAGGCCUGGGCGCUGCCGGGAGGACCCAGACUGGGUGCUGGAUGAAAGCUCCUGGGCAGGGUAACUGGCCCGCGCGGGGACACCCUCCUGUAAGCCAGGGCCUGGACCUCGGAGGGUGAAAGUUGAGCCUUGGGACCUUGCCCUUUCUUGUCAGAACAGAGAAUAACAUUUGUUUCGAUGGAGGUUUAUAAGAACACCGUGACCUGGCCCCAAGAACAAAGGAUCUAACACCAACAAGUUUGUAACAACUAACCAUGCCCCUCCCUAUAAAAGGGCUAUAAAAGGGCUUUGCUGAAAGCUUUCCAGGCGUCCAGGGUUUUCAAGGCAUGAGCCACCAGUCUCCUUGCAUGGCUCUGCAAUAAACCUUUCUCUGCUCCAAACUCCGACGUUUUGGUAUUGUUUGGCCUCAGUGUGUGCUGGGCACUCGGACUUGCAUUCGAUAAUAUUUCUACAGGUACUCUGGAAACUUAAGAGUUUACUGUGCUUCCUUCACAGAUUUGAGGACUAAAGACUUUCCACCCAGUAUUUUUUCAGAUUCUAGAGGGCAACAUUUUAUAGUUGGAAUAGUUACAAAGUUUUUAUAACAAUCCAGGAGAGAGAUGCUGGCAAUUUGGACUAGGGUUUCGACAGUACAGAUAGAAAUAGAGAUCUAAGAAAUACUUAGGAGGUAAUAAUUGACAUCUUUGGUGAAGAAAUGGAUAUGGGGGUUUAAUAAAAGGUAAAUGUUAAGAAUGUUACUAAGUUUCUGACUUGUGCAUUUGGAUGAAUGAUAAUUCAUUAAGAUAGGAGCAUUGGAAGAGGAUGAUGUUUGAUUAAGAGGGUGAUUAUUUGGACAUGGUAGUUUGAGGAAUAUUUGAGACAUUCAUAUUGAGAGGUGGAGAAACAUUUGGUUAUUUGUGCUUGUGAUCUGGAGAAAAGGUCUUGAGGGGGUGGGGAUCACUGGCAUAUAUGUCAUAGAUGUGGUGAGCUCUUCUAGAAGAAAGGAGAAUGACAGGAGAAGAAGGGCUAUGACCAACACCUGAGAACUUCUACCCACCAAUUAAUGGCUGGGUAGAGGAGAAUAAGACAGCAAAGGAGGUUGAGAAGAAGUCAUCAUAGAAGGAUAAAGGAAACCAGGAAAGAGUCGUGUCAGAGAGACCAAAGAAAGAGAACAUUUCAGGAAGGAUGGGUUGUCUGAGCAUGCCAAUGCAACAGAGUUCACAGGAGAUGAUUUAGUCAUGUGUUGGCUUCUUUGACUUAACAGUAACUUCAUUCAUAAAAAUUGGGCUGACUGACAGUGGAUUGAGGAAUAAAUGUAAGCUAAGGAAAUGAGGAAUAUGGGUAUAGGCUUCUUGAAGUUUAGCUGUGGAGGGAAAGCAGGAGAGGUAAUUUUUCUAUAUGUCUAACACUUAAGCUAUCACAGUCAAAAAUUUAUAAAAAUCAGCAAAGAAAUAGCCUUUGUAUCAGCAAAAAAUAACCUUUGUAUCAUGUCAAUAUUACUGUUUGCCUUUA